AUGAAUCAUUCAAACAACGAAAGUUUUUCUGAAGAAACUAACAAGACGUUGUCAAAAAUCAAACAUAAUAGAGGAUUGUCUCAUAAUAUUGUCUUGUGUACUUACCAUGAUAAUACUUCACCUGGUUAUGAAUGGUUACUCACAGCAUGGGUUGCAGAAGAACGUAGAAUGAAGUCUGGCAGGGUUUAUAAGUACUUCUAUGAUCCAGAAGGAAAUCUUUAUAAAACCAAAAGUGAGGUUAAAGCAGCAUGGGAGAAAGAUGGGUUGGUGCUCAUCGACUAAAUAAAAGUUGAUGUGAUG